AUGAAGAGGAGCUCGUCGGUUAAGCCAGAAAUUCAGGGGGCAUUCUGGUUGAAAGGGCCUCCCUCUCUUUUGGAAGCAGCAAAAGUGGGCAAAUUUGAAUGUGAAAAAUCCCCUAUUUUAGCUCUCCCUCCCCAUCAUUGUGUCUCGUGGUUGCCACUAGCACUAGAGCUUCCUCCAUUAGAUGUCGAUGGAUCCUUCGACUUCAACUCGCUGUCCUUACCAUUCCAUUGGGAUGAUAUUUCCGAGUUGGAGGCUGAAAUUUUGUCGUUGGACAAACACAUGAUACCAGUUACACCACUUUAUGAGGAGCACAUGGUGGCCGAUGAGACGAAGCCGGAGAGAAUGGUGAAAUUAAAAGACGACGAUAUGAGUAGGGAGUUGCAGGAGGUGACAAGGAUGAUUGAAACAGGGCUUUCAAGUUGUAAAGAAGAAGAAGAAGAAGAGUAUGAAAGGAGGGUGAGAUUAAUAAUGAGAAACGGGAGGAGAACGAAUUCAGUGUUGGGAUUGGAAGAGAUUCAAAAGCACUUUCAUAUCCCAAUAACAGAGGCCGCAAAAGCGAUGAAUGUGGGUUUGACAGUGCUUAAAAGGAGGUGCAGAGAACUUCAUAUAAUGAGAUGGCCUCAUAGAAAGCUCAAGAGCUUGAACUCUCUCAUUACAAAUGUCCAGGAGAUGGGGUUGACAAAUGAGAUAAAAGGGUUGGAGGAGCACAAGAGGCUUGUGGAGGAACUCCCAGAUAUGGACCUCACUCACAGAACCAGAAGGCUCAGGCAAGCCUGUUUCAAAGCCAAUUACAAGAAGAAGCGAAGGUCCAAUGUUGCUGCUCGUCACUAAAGACUGU